AUGCCGCAAAUCGUCGCGCGAGUGUUUGUAUCCUCAAGCCGUGCAGACCGUCUCGAUCCCACGCCAAGAGCUCUCGCAGAAGCCAUCCCUUCGCAACGUGAGAGGGAUAAGUUGAUUCAGCAUAUUCAAGCAAACAACCGUGCUCCCGAAGAACCUAGACCUCCCGAAAAUUACGGCGAGGACAUGGCCGAAGACAGUCAACACUUCCGAGAAGGGCGUAUCCUUCAAGAUCCCGAUGGCACGGUGCGCUAUCUCGGUGAAUCUUCAGGCGCCACUUUCCUAAAUCACUUACGAGAAUAUAUGGCGACGGUGUUUCCGCUGGCCUUCGAGGCCGCUUGGACAGGUGCCUCGAACCCGGAUGCCACGGCCUUCAUCUCGGCGCUGGGCAAAUAUCAGACUCAUGAUAGCCGACCUCUGUUGACCACUACCGUCGACCCUCUCAUAUCCCCAACAAACGAGCAGGCUGCGGCUAUGCUGUCAGAAUUUCAACACUCGGCUCAGAAUGGUGAAGGCACUUUCGCUUCUGGAGGCAUCUAUUAUUGGAUUGAUGUGCAGGCUGUGCUGGACGAAUAUCGAGCCUAUGUCGAGGGUGUGAGGACGAUCGAAGCGAGUCCUAAUAUGGCGACGGCCAAUGCUGCGUUCGCUGUUGCUUGUCAAUUCAAUCCAAAAUGUGCGCCGCCGUGGGAAACUGGAUUUGGACAGACCUUCUUCGCGAGGGCGAAAAGCCUAGUUGGAAAUCCCCUCGACGAUUCGACCAUUAACGAUGCAACCGUCCUUGCUCUUCUGGGGUUUUACCUGCUUAAUAGCAAUCGACGUGAUGCUGCAUACAUCUACGUCAGCGUCGCAAUGCAUAUUCUGAUUGUUCAUGGAGUUCACCGAGCCUGGAUGGUCGACGAGCGAGGCAAACGGCUGUUUUGGACUGUUUAUGUCCUAGAUCGUUGGCUGAGCUGCCUAAUGGGAAGACCGGCCCUUAUUUCCGACGACGCAAUCAAAUUAGAUCUGCCCCGAGAUUCAAGUGACUUAGCUCCUGCAGAUGGCCUUCGCGCUCAUAUUGAGCUUGCCAGGGUCUCCAACUAUAUAGUUUCAAACGUUUAUGACGUUGCACGCCAGAGCGAUGAACCUCUCAUGACGACUUUAUGCAUUCAGAAAGCCCUCAGGUUGUUGAAAUCUUGGUCAAAAAACCUUCCGGCUGCCGUUAUAGGUACAGAGGAGAAUUUGAGCCGGGAUCGCGCUGUUGGGGAGCUGCACAUGGCUCAUAAUCAGCUCAUCAUUCUUACUGUCCGACCUUUGCUCUUCAUCAACGUCAAGAGAUUUACAGCAGAUAUGCUUUUGAACCGUCGAACAACAGGCCUUGAAAUAUCGCACAAGGCGGAACUCGAUCUCUGUGCAGAUGCUGCAAGAAGAAACAUCCGCCUCUGGCAUCGACUUUUGAACCUACAACGGCCAGCGAGGCUGUCAGUUUCCAGCGUGCAUUAUUUGUUCAAUGCUGCUCUCACAUUGCAGCUUUAUCAGCUUCUGGCCCAUAGUGAGGCACAAGAAGACUAUGAGGAAGUUGGUUUUGUCAUUUCCAUCCUGGAUGUGGACCAAAGUAGCAACAAAGAGUACGCCGCCGAUUGCGCAAGGGUUCUCACCGACUUCAACUCGCUCAUGGCCAGACUAAAAAUCGUCGAUCUGUCGAGGACAGGCCCUCGAGGAGAAAACGUUCGCGACCGUGUGCAUGGUUUGCCGUCUGACUCUUCCAUUAUCCUCUCUCUGGACGGCGAGAGAAGUCCGACACGCUACGCAGAGUUCCAGCGUCAAUAUCGGGCUGAUUUUAUUGAAGCAAAUGCUGAGCGCACAAGCUUGCCGCUGUAUGAUCAUCGCACUUACAAUGAGCUUAUAUCCUGGCUGGAAAGUGAUAACCUCCAACAAAAGUUCGACUUCCCGCAUCGCUUUGGAUGA